AUGUCUCUGAUUCUCAACCAGCUUCCCUGCAAGCUAUUAUGCUUGCGGAGACCAGUGUUGGUAAGAUGCUCUCCUCCUCAUCACUCUUCGUCUGCUUCAUCGCCGCAAUCAUCGCAAAACCUUCCUUUAACCAUUAUUCUCGCUGAUCCUAGUAGACCACAACUGGUAAGAGCCGUGAUCAGGAGGGAUGGUGACAUGGAUGCUCUUGAUCACGAGUUUUCUAGUGAUUUUAUGGAGGUAACGGAAGUGAUAGGAACAUCCAAUGGAUGGAUAACGUCUUUGGUGGACGGCGGUGUGCGUCUCCGGGAACACCCGGGGAGGAUUCCUAAAGAGGUGAGACCCAUUUUUUUACCUCCUCAUGCAACUCUGCAUCUAUGCCAAGCCCAAUUGGCGACCAACGUGGCAAUGUCCGCAUCUUCUCCGGAGAAAGAGGACUGUGCUGUGGCUGUCAAGUUCUUGGGACCUCAACUAAGCAUUUGUAAAGGACCGGCUCAAAGCAACGCCGAGUGGAUCCACAUCAGAAUCUCAAACCCUUGUUUCUUUUCCUCCCAUGUCAUGUAUUCGGAGAAAGAGGACAUGUUUCGCAUUAUCGGAUCUGGAGGACACCUUGUUGGAUCAUGGAAUCUCGGCAAAAAACCAAAGUUCCAGAGACUUCAAUUUCAAAACCUUCCGGAGCUGAGCAAGGCCAAACGGGAGCUUCUGUAUUCUUGCAACACAAGCGAACACUUGGUGGAGUCAAGAACCACCGGUGAAACUUUCAUGGUUAAGUGGUACAAAAGAAUUGCCAAGACCAUCUACGGUAUAGAGAGAAUGGAAACAAAAGCUUUAAUGGUGUUCAAGAUAGACGAACAACAAGGUAACGCUGUUUACACUCAAGAUAUUGGUGAUCUCUGCAUUUUCCUCUCAAGGUCUGAAUCAUUUUGUGUCCCUGCUUGCCUUGCUCGCCACAUGCGUCGUAAUCGCGUCAAACUCAUGGAUGUCGACGAAAUCACUAUUAUCGACCUGGCUGCUCAAAAGUGGAACUGA